AUGGCAUUCGUACUAGUAGAAUUUGACAAGGAUGAUGGUGGAGGCGUAGCAGUUGUACAUAGUUCUUGGUUAACGCCAAGGAAAAAUGAGUCGUUUUGGCCACCUUACAAAGAACAACAUCAAUUUGACAAAGCGCUUAAAAACGGUUGUACUGUAAAUACAGAAACCUGGCGCAUUUAUAAGCUUAACAAAAUUUUUUAUGAAUGUGAUGAUUUAACAAAAGCUAGAUUAAAAGCAAAAGAAGCUGAGCUCACAUCCAACAUAGAGUCUGAAGAGGAACCUGAUCGUAAACGAAAAAGGAAAAAGAAUACUAGGAUAUAUUCUCAAUCAUCCUCAGAUACAGAAGGAACUUCUUCAAUUUGUCUUCCAAGGCCACGUCGGAUAAAAAGGACAAACAAUUCUUCCCCUCAAAUAACUCGCCCCAGCUUAUCUCAAGAAAUAUCUCAACCAAUAAGUACUGUUUCAACACUACAGUCUCAAACAAUCAAUUCAUUUUCAACACCCCGAUCUCUUCCUCAAGCAAAUACAAAAUUUAGCUACGAUUCGGAAAAAAUAGGUAAACUAAUUUCAUUAGUUGCUGCUGUGAAAGAACAAAACAACGAAAUAUUAGAGUGGAUUCGAAAGCAGAGUAAGAUAGUAACGCCAACAACGAUACGUCCUCAUUUAAAUGUGGAGGUACCAUUUAACACACUUGAUGACCUUAAUAGCCUAGAAGAAGACUUGCGGAGUAUUGAAACACUUUCUAAAGAGCUGGUGUCGUAUUUGUCAACUUUAGGUGGCAAAGAUACUGUCACAAGGACAAAUAGAAUAUUAAAAUAUCUCUUCAAAGAUGCCGUAGCCACCUCUUUUAGCUACUUUGGGAAGAGGAAUAACAAACGACCAUUUUGCGAUUUGCUAUUAAAAAAUAUUAUUGUGGGUAAGCAUAAUAAUUUCAUAGUUCAAUCAUUCACAUAA